AUGUUGACACCAUUCUUUACUUGUUCACAAGACGAGGAGUUUGUCCAUAUAAAUAUCAAAGUUAGUCAUAUCAGAUUCGAUGCUCCAGGUGUUCAAAUCAUUGCAGAAGAUGAAUUAUUCAUUUUUUCAUUAAGUCCAUAUUAUCUAAGAUUAAGAUUUGAUAAGAAAUUAAUUGAUGAUGAAGAAAGAUCUAAUGCUCAUUAUGAAUCUAAGGAGGAAAUUGUGAAAGUGAAAAUUCCAAAAUUGAAUAAAGGUGAAGUGUUUGAAGAUUUAGAUUUACCACAAAAAUUAUUAGCUCGUGCAGGUGAAAAAAUUGAUAAUAAUCAAAAUGGUGAAGGGAAUCAAGCUUUAGAUACCAAGGAAUUGUUACAAGAAAUCGGUGUUCAAAACGUAGAUGAGAAUUUAAUUAAAGAAGUUGAUGCAGAUUUGAAAAAAGAUAAUGUUCAACCAACCACUACUAAAAAGCCAUUAAUUGAAGAAGUUGACAACUCUAAUGAACCAAAAUCUGAUUUACAAACAACUUUAGAUGAAGGAACUGAAUUCAAUUGGGAAAUUAAUCAAGAUUUACCACAACCAUCAACAGAUCUUAAAAUCAAAUAUGGUUUUGAUAAUCGUUAUGAUUCUAUCGUGGGGAUUUCAAUAUCAAAUGGUAAUGAUAUUAAUGAAUUAGAUGAUCCAGAACAUACAAAACCAGAAGAUAGAAUUAAAGAAAGAUUACUCAAGGAAAAUUUUAAAUUUGAUCCGGAAUAUUAUGCAGCUGAUUAUAUGACAUCAAAAUAUUCAGAAGAUGAUCCUGAUUUAUAUUCCGAGAUUAAAGAUUUAUUAAAAUGGGAGCAACCAUUGAUUAAUUCCACUGAUUUUACAACGGAAGAAAAUGAAAAAAUGUUACAAUUACCUAAAAAAUCAUUUUUAAUUUCAAAUCAAAAAACAUUAUAUUAUACUAUAUUAUCAAUAUUAUUUAGUUUUGCAUUUGAAUCAAGAGAAACUCAAGGUGAAUUAGGUAUUGAAUCUGCAUGGACUAUGGGUAAAUUAACUCCACAAAUUUCAUUUUUAGAUUCAACAAUUGUUUUCCCAGAUUCCAAAAUAUCAAUUUUUAAAGCCUUGAUUAUAACAAGUAUACGAAGAGCUUUAUCUUAUCCAUUACAUAGACAUUAUGGAUUAACUUUAAAAGCAUGGGAAGAUGUUAUUAAAUUCUUAGAAUCUGGUAAGAAAACUGUCCUUAAAGCUUUAUUAGCUGCAAGAGAACCUUUUAGAUUUCAUGAUAUUUAUUAUUGUUAUGAUAAAAUUUAUUUUGAAGAUUUAAUUAAUUGGUUAAUUAAUGAUCCAAAGGAUAAUGAUUUUGUUUUUAAAUCAUUAGCAAGUGAAUUAUCCAAAAAUUUAAAAUUUUUGGAAAAAACUGAAAUUUUAUUUGAACAAUUAGAUGAAGAUGGUGAUGUUGAUACUUUUUUAAAUAUUCAAGAAAUUGAAAGUAUAGCUGAAACUAUGUAUUUAGAAAACAAACAAUCAUCAUAA